GGCAGGUGCAGGUUUAUAAUACCUUCAGUCAUGUUAUUCUCAUCUCACAAUUUUAUUUAGUUCACAUCAAAUGUGGUAAAUCUUGGUAUAAUAAUGCCGAUAAUGUGUGCCCAGCCCAGCCCACCUCUACAGCCUCAAAAUGUAGAUCGUGAAAGUAUUUAUCAGUGGGUUUCUGAACUUUCCAAUUCAGCUACAAGGGAAAAUGCUCUCCUACAACUAAGCAAAAAGAGGGAAGUUGUUCCUGAUCUGGCCCCUAUGCUAUGGCAUUCAUUUGGAACAACAGUUGCUCUUCUUCAAGAAAUUAUUAACAUUUAUCCAGUUAUUAACCCAGCUACAUUAACUGCUCAUCAGUCUAAUAGAGUGUGUAAUGCGCUUGCUUUACUUCAAUGCGUAGCUUCUCACCCCGAUACAAGAAGUGCAUUUUUGCAAGCACAUAUUCCAUUGUUUUUAUAUCCAUUUUUACACACCGUUUCGAAGACGAGGCCCUUUGAAUACCUCAGACUUACAUCCCUUGGAGUUAUUGGUGCUUUGGUUAAAACUGAUGAACAAGAAGUUAUUACUUUCCUCUUGACUACAGAGAUUAUACCUCUUUGUUUGCGAAUCAUGGAAUCAGGUUCAGAAUUAUCUAAAACAGUGGCGACAUUUAUAUUACAAAAAAUAUUACUAGAUGAUUCAGGUCUAUCUUACAUUUGUCAUACUUACGAUAGAUUUUCUCAUGUUGCAAUGAUUUUGGGUAAAAUGGUCUUAUCGUUGGUCAAAGAUCCUUCUGCAAGAUUGUUGAAACAUGUUGUCCGUUGUUACUUACGCCUUUCAGACAAUCCAAGGGCUAGGGAGGCUCUUAGGCAGUGUCUGCCUGAUCAGCUGAGAGAUUCUACCUUUUCAGCCUGCCUCCAAGAAGAUAAAUCAACUAAACAUUGGCUGGCUCAAUUGCUGAAGAAUUUGGAAGCUGUUGUAGGGAUGUCUCCCUUGGGGCCUACACCUGUUUAAGUAACAAUUAUGUUUACUCCAUCAUCUUGUGAUAUACCUCUUGUAAAUUAUAUAUAGCUUUAAAAACAUAACAGUUAGGAAUAUAUAGUUUUUAAAAGAAUUAUUGAUUUAUCUUGAAAGACUGUAAUUAUUAUUAGUUGUAUUAUAGUAAAGUUUUGCGAAUUUAUAAAUUAAUUACAAAUCUUUGUUCUCCUUUAAGCAGCCUUAUCUUCCAGGAAAACUUAGAGCAUAGUUAGUUAAUAAGUUUUAUGUUUUGCCUGAUACAGGUGACUGGUAAAGACAUUGUUCUUAAUAUUUAUCUUCUGAUUAUACAUAAAUCAAUUGUUUGGUUUAGUUCUUAUUAUUUGACUUGGUGAAUUUUCCUGGUGUUAAUUUAAAAUAAAAUUCAUUUAAUAAAUUCAACCACAGAACUAUUAAUAAUGUUAUUACUAUUUCUUUUUUUUUUUUUUUUUUAAGAGUUGCUGAGAGGUACAAUUGGUGUAAUGUAACCAACCAUUUCCACCAAUUGUAAAGUUGUUUAGUUUACUGCCUAAAACUUGUUUUAUUUUUUUAAUCAAAUUAGAUUAUAGAAUUAAAGGAACCACCAUUUCCACACAUAUAUUUUAUUAUAAUGUUUUGCCCUUUUUAUGUGUGUUAACUCUCCUCCUUCCCCAUAAUUUGUAACCAACAAUUUUUAAUAAAUACUGUAUUUUAAAAUUA